AGUACUCUAGUGUACGUAACACUCUACUCUACUGCCCAGAGUUUGCAACAUGUCCGGCUGGUUCACCCUCUUCACCAACUGCCGCUAUGUCCUCGAUGGCGAGCUUGUCGAGGACCAUCUUGUCAUUUCUGACGAGACUGGACUCAUCCUCAAAAGAGAUGGGUACAUUGGGGGUGAGGCUAUUGAUUUGGAAGACACAAUCAUAGCCCCUGGCUUCUUGGAGCUCCACACAAACGGUGCCAAUGGGUUUCACUUUACACAUUUUGACGACGAGAAGAGCUAUGCGGCCAAAAUAGAUGACAUCGCAAGGUACUAUGCGACCCAGGGGGUGACCGGUUUCUGGGCGACUAUACCUACUGUCAAGAGUGAAGAGUUCCAAAAGAUUCUCCCCUCUUUGGCUCCUCGUGAAGUGCUUUCCUCAGCCUCGCUCCUAGGUGCUCACACUGAAGGUCCUUACCUCCACCCUGCUAAGAAGGGAGCUCACAAUAGCUCCUUGUUCCACUCGUGCUCGACUUCACCUUCAACUGUAUUCGGAUCCUCGAAUUUGCAGUCUGUUGUCAAGCUAGUUACUCUUGCUCCAGAACUACCCAACUCUACAGCACUUAUCAAAUCAUUCACGUCGCAAGGAAUCAAGGUCGCCAUGGGCCAUUCUACUGCGACAUACGACGAGGGGCUGACUGGACUGGGUGCUGGAGCCAGUGCUUUGACUCAUACUUUGAAUGCCAUGCCGAGCUGGUCCUCACGGGCGCCGGGGCUGGCAGGUUUGGUAUCGCUAUCCGAGACAGGCAAGGUUAAACCACCGUGGUAUACCAUCAUUGCAGAUGGAGAACACCUCCACCCCAACACUGUAUGCCUACUCCAUCGGGCAAGCCCCAAACGUUCGAUUAUCAUCACCGACAGCAUUGAACUGGCAUCUCUAAAGGAUGGUACCCAUCCUGGUCAUUCGCAGAUUCCGUUUAAUCAGGUCAAGAAUGGCACACGCGCCACGAUUGCAGAUACAGACACUCUGAUCGGGGGGUGUAUCCCACUCCAGGAAAGUGUCAGGAAUCUGAUGGACUGGUCUGGAUGUGGCAUUGCGGAGGCAGUUGGCACUGUUACGGAAAAUAUAGCAGCUUUCAUGGGGAUUGACGGAGAAGGCGGAAGAGGCGUGUUGAAGGAGGGAAGGCGAGCGGAUUUGACUGUGCUGAACGAGCAGGGCGAAGUGCUCCAAACAUGGGUGUCAGGGCACAAAGUGUGGGACAGGGAGGAAGAGGUGGCAGUACGCGAAGCUGACGGUGAGGCGAGAGGCUGAGGUUUGAAAACCAAGCCCCCCGUACGACAACAGGCCACGACAUGAACCCGCAAGCAAAUCCAAGUGCCGUGAUAAGUGAAGUGCAUUCCGCUGCAAGUAACGCGCCUCGUCUAUUAGGAACAGAUUCGCUGCACGUGGCGUGCGCACCUGUCUUCUCAUACUAGAUCGAGCUGUGAGUUAUACGUGCACCCACCCACAAGGCUAAAGCCUGUGAGUGCGUGCGUAAUAGUGAUGUAUCGCCACAUUCGAGCCGCUGAUUCAGGUGAAAUCCAAAGCAGUAGAUACCGGACGAGAUAUUCCUCUCACGCGCAUUUCCGGAUCAGUGAAGGUCAGGUUGCUUACGGACAUGCCAUACUUAAAGCCGGGAUGCCCUCUGCGUGCGCGAU